AUGUUUCUGCGGCGUGCUAUUCGCCUCUGUACUGUGCGACUGCCAAGCGGUGUGGUUCUGCAAGGAACCCGAAACCCACAGCGCAGUGAUUUGUUACUCAAUGGCACUGUCACGAUGCCUGACGGCCGUAUUUUCAAUGGGAAAUUUCACGCACAACACGGCUUUCCCCUUCCCGGUAGUGAAUUGCAUGAUGAUGGUGAUUUAUACCGCGGGGAGUUUAAUGCCCAGUGGCAGCGACAUGGCACUGGUGAGGCCUGGCUGGCCGAUGGGACUUAUUAUAAUGGCCGCUUCUGUGAAGAUGAAUUAGUGGAGGGAACCGUUCGCAUUCCGAAUGGCACAACGGAGACCGUGUUUGUAGGAAUACUGCGUGAUGAGUCUUUUGUCUCUGGUAAACUUACACAGCAUGAUUUUACAUAUGAAGGUGAAUUUCACGAAAACAGACCACACGGUCGAGGACGACUUGUGUUUGCGACGGGAGCCGAACAGGAAGGAACUUUUUUAAAUGGUAAACUUCAUGGUUCUGCGUGUAAGAUGAAACUUGAUGGUGGUUUUGUAUAUCUGGGUGAAUUUAUCGAUGGAUGUAUUAGACGUGGGCAACUCUACACCCCAACAUACACAUAUGAUGGUGAGUUUAAUGAACAUGGACGCGCCCAUGGUGAAGGUACACAAACAUACUUGGCAAAUGAACCACGAUUACUUUUCACAGGUAUUUGGGAAAAUGGUGUACUAGUACGUGGUACUUGUAGUGAUGAAUAUGGUGCCCCAGUGGAUUGGCAGGAUAAUCAUGAAUUGCAGGCAAAAGUGUUUGCCGAUGAGGGUGAACAGGGGGCUGUGACAAUGAAUAGUUACUGCAGUGCGAAAUUAAAAGAGGCGGAUAAACUUCAUCGUGAUAUGAAUCAAAGUUACGUAAAAGACGCUGAGCGUGUCUCAAAGGAGACGGGGCGUUAUCCAUCAAAGAUGGAUCUUGGUUACGAGGGAAGUAUACAGCAGGAAAAUUCUUCAGCAGAACGAGCAUCACGAGAAAGUCUGGAAGACAUUAAACGCACACGUGAUAAUUUAGAGGCAUCUAGUGAAGUCUCCAAUCGUUUGUGUAAAAGUGUAAUGGAGGAUAUACCAAUACCACUAGAUCCCAAUAGGGCAAAAAUGCAGUUUAGUAGACAAGCAGGUGCUCAACAAUUAGCUACUGAGCGUAUUGACGAACAGUUUGAACGUUUCAUGAAGACUUUUGAUCGCAAGACAGAUAAUGGAGCCAGCCGGUGUAUUAUUGAUGGAAACUCACCAUGGAAAGCGUAUACGCAGAAGAGUUGA